AUGGCGUCUUCUUGUUCCUUGCUCGAAUUAACUCCGUUUAAAUGGAAUCCGCCAUUCUCAUACACGCACCGGCGGUGCCAUGAUCGUAUUGCUCUUUUCUGCUCAAAACCUCAACGGAAAUCAAACUACGUUCGUCUCCAAAUCACCUUAAAUUACAAACCAUCGGAUGGUGAUGUGAGACCCGAAUCGGCUCCUGCUCAGAUAUGGAAGAAUUCUUUUGACCAAAUCGCGGUUCAGGUGAAGAAAACGAUAGAUUCGCUGAAGAAACCGGCAAUAGCCGCGGUUUUACUCGGUCUGCUGUUGUUCUACGAUCCUAGCUGGGCCUUGGCUGCUUCCGGUGGUAGAAUUGGCGGUAACGCCUUCUCGUCAAGGUCUCGGAGCUCAUCUUCUUACUCUUAUUCUGCGCCGAGAACAUCGGAGCCGAGUAUGAGAUACUCUGCUCCGUACCAAGGACCGUCGCCGUUCGGUGGAGGUCUGUAUGUUGGUCCGGCGGUUGGUCUUGGGUACGGGUUUGGUGGGUUUUCGAGCUUCUCUCUGAUUCUGGCGGGUUUCGCAGCCUUUGUUUUGGUUUCUGGAUUCCUCUCAGACCGUUCACAAUCACAAGAUGGCGUUUUAACCGCUACUCAGAAAACUACCGUCCUUAAACUACAGGUGGGAUUGCUUGGUUUGGGGAGGACACUACAACAAGAUUUCAAUCGCCUUGCUGAAAGUGCGGAUACAUCCACCUCAGAGGGUCUGAGUUAUGUUUUAACCGAGGCAACAUUGGCUUUGCUGAGGCACCCAGACUAUUGCAUCUCUUGUUAUUCAUCAGUUGAUGUGAAGCGGAGUAUAGAAGACGGAGAGAAGCGAUUUAACCAACUCUCCAUUGAAGAACGAGGAAAAUUCGAUGAAGAGACGCUUGUUAAUGUCAAUAGCAUCAAGAGACAAAGCUCCAAGAUUCGCACAGCUACCGGUUUCAGCAACGAAUAUAUUGUGGUAACCAUCUUGGUGGCUGCAGAAGGUAUACAUAAACUGCCGCCAAUAAACGGAACUGUGGAUCUUAAAGAGGCGUUACAGAAACUCGGGUCCAUACCCAGAAACAAAAUAAUGGCAGUAGAAGUAUUGUGGACACCACAGAACGUCAACGACGCUUUGUCAGAAAGGGAGUUACUUGAAGAUUACCCACUUUUGAGGCCUUUGUAA